CCGAAACUUUUCUCUUGAGGUCACUCUUUCCUUCCGUUCAAAUUCAAAAAUGCCCGUCGCUGUUGCCCUUUGGAGUCUUGAGGUAAAGCCUGGCGAGGAUGGGAUUGCAUCCUUCAUCCCGCAGAGCGACCUCCGCAUCACGAACGUUGCACUUGGUGCCGAGCUUGAGGACGAGAAUGCUCGUUCCACAGUGAAGAUUCAUUACAAGAGUCUGGCUGCGCCAAGCGACGAUGAGGAUGAGGACGAGGAAGACGAGGACGAUGAUGAGGAGGAAAAGGAGGGUGGUGCACAGCUGGUAGAGACGGUGCUGGCUUCGCUUACUCCUGGGAAGGUCGAGCAAGCCACCGCUGACCUGAUCCUGGAGGAGGAUGUUGAGGUCCUCUUCGAGGUAGUAGGCAAGAACACCAUCUACCUUACCGGCAAUUACAUUGACCAGACGCCCCCUGGCGUACCAUUCAACGAUGAAUCGGACGAAGAGGGUGACUCAGACUUGGACAUGGAGGGCUACGAUCUUCGUGAAGUCAGCUCGGAUGUCGAGAUAAACCCGGAUGAGUUGGACAUGCUCAGUGACGACGACAACCGCUUCGAGGAGGUCGCCGACGAUGAGCCCGCGGCCAAGCCGGCGAGCAAGAAGCGCCCUCGUGAGUCGGAUGCGAUUGCGACAGACGUUGACGAGGAGAAGCUGUCGAAGUCGCAGAGGAAGAAGCUGAAGAAGCUAAAGGCUGAGGGUGGCCAGGCUGUCACGACUGCUGAGGAGACGACGCCGGCCGACACGAACGGUGCGUCUGGUCCUGAGAAGGCGGAAAAGAAGGGAAAGAAGGAGAAGAAGGAAAAGAAGGAAAAGGAGAAGAGCGACAAGGGCAAGGAACAGGAGUUGAGCGGCAAGGGCAAGGAACAGGAGUUGAGUGGCGGCAUCAAGACCGUUGAUUCCAAGGUUGGAGAUGGUCCUAAGGCGAAGAAUGGCGACACAUUGUCUAUGAGGUACAUCGGGAAACUCCAGAGCGGCAAGGUGUUUGAUGAGAACAAGAAGGGUGCACCGUUCCGCUUCCGCCUGGGCAAGGGUGAGGUCAUCAAAGGCUGGGACAUCGGUAUUGCUGGUAUGCAAGUCGGUGGCGAGCGGAAGGUUAUUGUCCCUCCAAACAUGGGAUACGGCUCGAAGAAGAGCGGACCCAUUCCUCCGAACUCUACGCUUACUUUCGAGGUCAAGCUCUUGAAGAUCAACUGAGCUUGCGACCCCAUCUAGCUCUCUAAGUUAUCUUGAGUGCGCAUCACACCUCCGGGCCUGCCAGGAUAUCCCGGAACAAAAUUCGAUGUAUGUGUCCGACUCUGCUUCGGGGACGAUCUAUCACGACACGCAAUGACAUCACUGUUCAUGUUC